GGGGCCUUUGGCGGCCUCCCGGCGACGCUGGCAGUAGCGGCCCGGCACCAAGAUGGUAGCGGCCGCGGAGCUAACGGUCGCGGGGCGCUGCUGGCUCUGGUUGAUGGUGGGGCUGCAGGCGGUAACUGUAUAUGGAGCACAGCUGUCAUCAGAAGCUUGCAGAGAACUGGGCUUCUCCAGUAACUUGCUAUGUAGUUCUUGCAACCUUCUUGGACAGUUCAGUCUGAAUCAGUUGGAUCCAUUCUGCAGGCAGUGCUGCCAAGAGGAAGCUCAGCUGGAAACCAGAAAGCUUUAUGCAGGAGCUGUCCUAGAGGUAUGUGGAUGAAAAUUGGGAAGGUUCCCUCAAGUCCAGGGCAACCUAAAAGCAAGUUCUUUGGAUCUUCAAGCACAUCACAAAAAGAAGGAUGGCAUUGGAUGGGACCCUGGGACCUCUCACUGGAGAAGAUGUAGUAAAAGGAAGACAGCAGAAUUGUGCCUUGAUUGUAUAGCAAACAUUCUUGCAAGCUAAGCAGGUAUAAAAAAAGUUAAUCCUCACUAUAGAUUAUAAUGUACAAAACAAUUUUAGCUUCGGAAUCAGCUACAGAGAUUUAUAAAUGUGGCAUAUCUUUACUAGUUAGUCACAAGCAUUCUGAUUUUACUCUUAAAUGAUCAAGGUACUUAGAAAACUCUUACCUCAUCUGCAAGUAGUGAUAAUUCACUGCUGUUUGCAGCAUCGUAAUCAUAGAGAACUCUUGCCUUCCUGCUGCCACUUAAUGACUUCAGUUCACUGAAGCCUGAAGUAACUAUUGAAUUGGUUACUGAAGGCAAUGAAGCAGAGGCUGAGGCCAAGACUGAGGGAGCAGAAACGUUUUGCACAGGGGCUGAGGAAGACUGAUUAUUGUUAGACAGGAAGGUAGAUGGAAAGCUGUGGAAGAAAACAAAACAAGUUAACUACUGGGUAAAUCAGUUCUACAUGGAUAAUCAUAUAUGCCUCCAUGCCUAGAUUAAUAUUCUUGCUUUUCUUAUCAACUAUGAAAUAAGCACCAGUAGACAGCAGCAGCAGAAUAGCACUAAUACUUGUAUAAACUAAAAACACCUUCUCUGAACCUGUAGGAUAAACCAAGCCAAUAUACUUUAAAAGAAAGACUGUCUCCUUAAAGAAAAAAUUGAUAUUUGCCUCCUAAAAGAAAAAGAAAAGCACUGUUGGUAAGACUCAAUUCAGUAGUUUAACAAACAUUUUCUUUGGCAGCUCUGCCGGUAAAAGUAGCCUCCACCCCCCGCUGCUGCUCAUUCCUUAAUUAUGUGGCUACAAUUAAGAUUGUGCUGGUGAACCAGAUCAGGGAAACAAUGAAGGUUAAAAACAUACCCUCCCUCUGAAAAGAAAACAAAAAACCCACAGUAUUUCACAGUAUUUUUUUUUUUAACUCAGUCUGUUGAUACAGCUUGCU